AUGAAAAGACAAAUAACAGUGCAAAAUUAUUUUUCUGCUAAGAAACUUAAUAACGAGAACAAAAGUGUGGAUUCUUCAGACAUUAUUAUUCAAGGGCAAGAUGAUAUAACCAACAACCCAGGUAAUAAUUAUGACACUACUAGUAGUACGGAUAGUUAUAGCAAUAGCGAUUCAGAAUCAAAUAUCGGCGAUUUAAUUAAAGAACCGGAGCCGAAUACCAAAAUUAGUGUUGCUAGUGUUUAG